AUGCCUUCUCUCACCAAUUCCCUCCCUUUUUCGCCAGCCGAGCUUGCUUAUCUACAUACCUCUCUAUCCUCGAUUCCUCCUCUACGGCCGGAUGCGCGCCCUCUGUCGACCGACUUUCGAGCAUUGAGAGCCGAGACGGGUGUGCUCCCUGCUGUGAACGGCAGCGCACACGUCGGGUUCAGUGAUGGCCGCGAAGCCAUUGUCGGCGUCAAACUCGAGGUGGAAAAGACUGUCGCGGGGAAUCGCGUAACACAAUCUGAGGAUGGCGUGAUGGACGUUGAUGCAGAUGACCAGUCCCGGAACUCUGGUAAAAAACGUGGAAAGGGAAAGCCGGAGUGGGUGUCGCUGACCCUCACACUCCCUGGCCUCCGAGAUGACGAUCCAAACUUGGUUUUCCUGGAGGAGAUGCUUCGAGAACCACUGGCGCUGUCCUCUUCGACAACCGCUACGUCGCUGCAGGACAGCUUGAUCAUCAAUUCCCGAUGGCACUGGCACGUCUACAUCGAUGUCCUUUUGAUUUCACCGAAUGGGCUCGCAAGCUAUCCACUCCCGCUGUUGAGUAUGGCGACACAUUUGGCAUUGCGUGACACGCGUAUUCCAAAGCUCAAGAGCGAGGGAGAAGAAGACCCUAUUGCAGAUGACGAUUGGAUGGCGAGCACAUACCUUUAUCCACGAACCACACCGCUCGGCGCAAAACCUCCUGUGACUCUUCUUGUCGUUGUGGUCGGCGAGAAUAUCAUUUUCGAUCCCAGCCGAGAAGAGCUUGCCGUUGCGGACAGUGUCAUCGCCGUCAGUGUGGGAAACACAUCGACGGAUGGGGAGUUGCAACUGCUGGCGACACGGAUGAUCGAUACUCCUGCGAGGGAUACCAUGAAGGGCGUGCCAUUAUCCGGCGAGACACAAGAAGGAGUCGAUGUGCCUGGUGUUUGGCGGCCGAGGAUUGGCGGCGUCAAGAGGAAUCUACUCAAGAAGGUGGUCAACGCUGUGCUUGCCGGAGAUGUUGCUAGAGAGGUUAUGAGCGGCCUGGAUGGGUUUCUGAGUGCUGAGACAAGUGCAAGCAUGGGAUGA